AUACCCCAAAGUGCAAAAUUUUCAUGUUUUCCGUGAAUUCCAAAAUCUGGUCGGUACGUGUUCAUUGCAGUCAUCCUUUUAAAACUUGAAUUUUGGUUGAUUACAAGCAUGUCAUGCAACCAAGAAGAAAACUCGAGUGAAGAACUUCCACAACAAUACCUUCCAAACCUACAGGUGCAAGCGAUAUUGGGAGAGGUGCAAUGGAUGGUGAAUAGGCAAAUGCAGCAAAGAGAAUGUUGGGGCGACAUAGAAGAAGAAGAGGAGUUGGAAGAGUUGAAUGAGCCACCAUUGAACCGGGGUAGGUUUAGGCAUGGGAAUGGGAAUAGAGAAGUUAGGAAUCACGAGGACAAUAGCUUGGGCAGCAUCAAGAUGAAGAUUCCGCCAUUCCAAGGAAAAGCAGAUCCAGAAGCCUAUCUUGAGUGGGAAAGGAAGGUGGAGUUGGUCUUCGAUUGCCACAAUUAUUUCAAGCUUAAGAAGGUGAGACUGGCAGCCAUUGAAUUUUCAGACUAUGCUCUUGUUUGGUGGGAUCAGUUGGUCAUGAAUAGGUGUCGGAACCGGGAGCAUCCAAUUGAAACAUGGGAAGAGAUGAAGGCAGUGAUGAGGAAGCAAUUUGUGCCCAGCCAUUAUUACCGGGAAUUGUACAAAAAGUUGCAAGGGCUUAGGCAAGGACAUCGGAGUGUGGAGGAGUAUUAUCAAGAGAUGGAGAAAGUCAUGAUUAGAGCCAAUGUAGAAGAAGACCAAGAGGCAACCAUGGCGAGAUUCUUGCAAGGAUUGAAUCCAGACAUCCAUGACGAGGUGGAGAUGCAACAUUAUGUGGAGCUAGAAGACAUGGUGCACAUGGCCAUCAUUGGUCACAUAGCGAGGCAAUGUCCAAACAAGUGGGUUAUGGUGAUGCAAGACAAUGGUGAAAUUGUGACUGAAGAUGUAGAUUCUGACACUGAUGAAAUGCCACCAUUGGAGGAUGCCUAUGAGGAGGAGUUUGCUGUACAUGGAGAUUUGUUGGUGGUGAGGAGGGUUUUAAGUGUGCAAGCAAAGUAAAUGGAUGAAGUGCAAUGAGAGAACAUCUUUCACACUAGGUGCUAUGUCAAAGAUAAGGUAUGCAAUGUGAUUAUUGAUGGUGGUAGUUGCACUAACGUUGCUAGCACAACCAUGGUGGAAAAAUUAUAAUUUCCCACACUGAGGCCCCGUUUGGUAUAGUGGUUUUGGGGUAGCGGUUAGCGGUUUUACCUAAACUGCUAAAUAUAGGUGUUUAGUAAAC